AUGAUACGCAAAUCUUGGUCCCGCCUUCUUCUCUCCCACUCCAUCAGAAAACCUAGAGUACCCCCAAUUCCCGAACUUUCCCGGAAAAGUACAACUUUCCCACACUUCUUUCCCGCAACUCAAACAUCACCAUUCUCAUAUUCCUCCAAAACUCAGUUCUCCACUUCCGCCUCCGAAUCCAGCCGUGUCGUCCAUGACCUGCUGGCCGAGCUCGAGCGCGAGAAACAGCGCGAAAGAGAGGCAAGAAAGCGUGCAGGACUAGAUACCAAUGACAUUGAUAAAGAAGAUGAAGAGGAUUACAUGGGCGUAGGACCAUUGAUAAAGAAGCUAGAGGAACAGAAACUGAAGGCCGUUGGUGAGGAUUUGAAUCUUUAUGAAGAACCAUCUGAUUCAGAUAGCGAUGAUGAGGAGGAGGAAGCACAUACAAAAAGAUUUGAGCUUUUUGAGAAGAAGCAUAAACGCCAUACGGAGUUACUCGAAAAUUUUGUGGCUUCUGAGACACUUGAUGAGGCUUUCAAAUGGAUGAGUAGAAUUGACAAGUUCGAGCAAAAACAUUUUAAGCUUCGUCCUGAAUACAGAGUCAUCGGUGAGCUAAUGAAUCGUCUAAAAAUAGCAGAAGGAAAGGAUAAAUUUAUUCUUCAACAGAAAUUAAAUAGGGCCAUGAGACUGGUGGAAUGGAAGGAAGCUUAUGAUCCCAAUAAUCCAGCCAAUUAUGGAGUUAUUCAGCAUGGCCCCAAUGUUGAUGGUACGGAAGAGGCUGAUUUUGAAGAAGAAAAGCAAAUGAUUGAACGCGAGACUGAUGAUGAGGAGGAGUUUGAUGACAUGAAAGAAAGAGAUGACAUAUUAUUAGAGAAGCUCAAUGCUAUUGACAAGAAACUUGAAGAGAAGUUAGCCGAGUUAGAUCAUACUUUUGGAAAGAAGGGGAAGGUUCUUGAGGAGGAGAUCAGAGAUCUUGCGGAGGAGAGAAAUUCUUUGACAGAAAAGAAAAGGAGACCAAUGUAUAGAAAAGGUUUUGAUGUGAAAUUGAUAGAUGUGAAUCGAACUUGCAAAGUUACAAAGGGUGGACAAGUGGUCAAGUACACUGCUAUCUUAGCUUGCGGAAACUAUCACGGUGUUAUCGGUUUUGCUAAAGCCAAAGGCCCAGCAAUCCCUGUAGCUCUCCAAAAGGCAUAUGAGAAAUGCUUUCAGAAUCUCCACUAUGUAGAGCGGCAUGAGGAGCAUACAAUUGCACAUGCAAUACAAACAGCAUACAAGAAAACCAAGGUAUAUCUGUGGCCAGCCCCUACUAGAACGGGUAUGAAAGCCGGAAGAAUCGUCCAAACUAUUUUGCAUUUAGCUGGUUUCAAAAAUGUCAAAUCCAAGGUUAUUGGCUCAAGGAAUCCUCAUAACACUGUUAAGGCUCUUUUUAAAGCUUUGAAUGCUAUUGAAACUCCAAAGGAUGUUCAAGAGAAGUUCGGCAGGACUGUUGUUGAGAAGUACUUGCUCUGAUACACAAUGUUAUACUUUCUUGGAUUGAUUACUCACUUGCAAAAUAAAAUAGAUGAAGGAAAAUGGAAUUUUCAUUGUAAUUUUUUUGUCCUAUAUUUGGUCCUUUGUUUUCUUUGAACACGAUUGACAAUUUGUUGCUCUGUCAUUACUAAUUUCUCAAAUUUUGCUUAGUUCUCCUUAAGAAUGUUUUGGCAGUUUUUAGAUGGAUAAUCAUUCCAUUAGAAUUGUUUUUAAAUGGCAUUUGUUACAUGAGUGGAUGAAA